UUUUUUGCGCGAGCGCGAGGUGCUGAUGCAGAGCAGAACCUGAGCGCGUGAGGAGUCAAACCCGGAGUACGUUUUUCACAGCAUCCGAGGUACUUGAAGCCCUCAAAUUUAAGAGUGCAAUGGCGUCCUCUGGAGACAUCCAUGUUAAGGAGCUGGACAAGCGUGCUUCUGGACAAGCUUUUGAGGUCAUUCUGAGCCCCUCGGCACCAGAUGCCAAGGGAGAGUUCCCACUGUCCACCCCAAAAAAGAAGGAGGUCUCUUUGGAUGAGAUCCAAAAGAAACUUGAUGCAGCAGAGGAGAGACGUAAAAAUCAUGAAGCAGAGGUCUUGAAGCACUUGGCUGAAAAGCGAGAGCAUGAGAAGGAGGUUCUCCAGAAAGCAAUGGAAGAAAACAACAACUUCAGCAAGAUGGCAGAGGAGAAACUCAACCAGAAGAUGGAAGCAAACAAAGAAAACCGUACAAAACAGAUGGCAGCAAUGAAUGAGAAAUUUAAGGAAAAGGACAAGAAAAUUGAAGAAGUCCGAAAGAACAAAGAAACAAAAGAAGAUGGAGCCGAGGGUGAUGAGAACUGAGGGUUUUCUCUUUCUUUCUGUUUGUGCUACUCGAUUUUAGGGAUUUUUUUUUUUUACUUAUCCAAAGAUUUAUUUUUGCUCCAUUAUAUGGCCAGUAUUAUGCAUUGGUUUUGACACUUUUUGGCUAAAGGUUAGGGGAGAAGCAGAUGCAUAAUUAUCUUUUUAUCUUCCUGUGCUCAGACCUUCUUUAUAUCUUCAUCACCUGUAGAGUUUUCUUCUUGCAACAUUGGCCUGUUAAAUAAGCAGUCUUUUAUCAUAUUGGGAAGCAUGCCUGUGUUACACAUAGGUCUCUGGCUUUGUUUAUUGCAUCGUGCAAGUUGACCUGUACCUGUGUAUGUCACAAACUGCAGUUCUUUGAACUUAAUAAAGCUGCACAGUUGCGUGUUAAUUAUUAGAAUUUAACAGUUUUAGAUCUGCCUCUUUUUUUUUUGUAGAUGUUCAUUUAUGAACAAAUAAUGUGUCUGCUUGUCUGUGUAACUCUCUUUCCAUCUGGUUAACAAGCACAUUCUUGCAUUUACCUUGUCAUUGGUAAACUUGUUAAUAUUUUUGAAGAAACACAGAUCAGAACUAAUAUCACACUGCAGACAAACAUGUGCAUAGGCAAUAUGACCUGUAUUUGAUAUUCAGUCUAGUCCAUUUUGUGUGUUGAUAAAAGAGUAAAGAACAAAGCAAAUUGUCUCCAGAGGAACUGUACAUCUAAAAGGCUGUCCUUUUUUGCAUGUUUGCAGUGUUUUUCCUCAUCUGAUUAUCUGCACAUAGCUAGAACAUUCUCCAGUAAUUCAGCCCAUGUCGCUAACUUUCCCACUUGAGGAUAUGAAGAACUGUGGCCUGCCAGAUGCCAAUACCAAGUGAUUCAGACAAUAUGACCUGUAUUUGAUAUUCAUAAACACGCUUUCUAUAUUGGAGGUACCAAAAUUGAGCAUUCGUAUAAACAUUCCUAUUAAUAAUGGGCAGUAAGGUCUAGUCUAUUUUGUAUGUGUUGACACCUAGUGGCCCAUUUGAAGGCAUGACACUUUUUCAUUCUUGAAAAUUUUUUCAAAGAGGCUGUCAGACAUGACUUGCAACUAAAAUCUCGACUGCAUGAGGGUAUAUGAUUAGCUUAUAACCAUGCAAAUCAAAUCUGAAUUCAUUUGACUCUCUUGAUUAAAGCAAGUUGUAUGUUUCCACAAUGUAAAUACAUUUUCCUUUUAUCAAAUACCAUGCAAUGUGAAUUUGUUUUACUUUCAUUUCAAUUACUUUUUACAAACUGAUCCCAAAAUUCCAAAUCUAAAUCCCAACACAGUCUUUCCCUUAAAUCUUAUUAUGACUACAAUAAUAUUACAUUUAAGGUUUUACAUUACCGCUUAAGCCUUUUUGACUAAGUAGGACAAUUUUUCAAUCUAGUAACGUAAAACAACUUAAUCCUUUUGCAAUUUCAUGUACUCCUUUCUAGCACUGUCCAAUUUCAGCAUGAAGAAUUAAAAAUGAUUUUGUCUGUGUUUCAA